AUGAGUACAAACACAGACGAUUUAAAUCUUAAUAUGAUCCGCAAUCGGCGUGACAUUGCGCUUCAAGCAUUAUUCGAAAGCCGUCAAGAAACAAGACAAGCAAAAAUUGAUCAAUUUCAAUCUGAUAUUCGGCGUUUAUCCCUUGAUGAGUUGCCAUCUCAAGACGUCCUGGAUGAGAAGGAAAGACAAUCAUCGGCUUCUAUUGAUUCACUCGAAAAAUUAGAUAUACGAAAAGACGUUGUAUUAGACAUUGAAACAUGUUUGAAAGACUUGAAUGAUCAAGCUCAACUUCUUGGAAUCAAACGAACGGCGACAGUGAUCGCGGAUGAAGAAGGCCAACAAUGUGGUCAUAAUAACAAGACAGCUGCUGAUGGUAAAAAUGAUAGUGAUAAGAUGCUGAAACAGACGACAACUGCUGCACGUUUAGCGGUAGUCCUGAUAAUGAAGGGUUUAAUGUGGGCAGCUAUUCAUUUGAGCCAAGGUGGAAAAAUGUUUACAAAUUUGUCAUCUGCCAUUGCUUAUUUACGGCAAAAUCAUAAAAAAUUGCAAGUACCUAAUCAUCUUCUACUCGAAUGGGAGAAAAAUAUUUAUUUAUUCGAUUUGUUUAUCGCUGAUGAAUCGAUUUAUUGUAAUCAUAAAAAAGCAACAGACUUGUACAAUAUUUGUGCUGAAACAUACGACUGGAUUAAUAUUUACUUUACUCUGUACAAAGAUCAGCCCGAACUUCUGGCAUCAUCUGUUAAAUAA